AGUGACAGUGUGUGUGUGCUUGCAUGAGAUUGCUCCAUAGUGGCUAGUGAAAGUGACUUGCGUUACAUACUCAGAUGCUGACUUCUAGGUAUUGGACAGUGUUAUCUAGCUUGGUGAUUUUCAAACCAAAAGACAUUAUUUAUGUAGUUCCCUGGAUCAUAUUUUAUCACUUGCCAACUAUCAUGGAGUAAUCUAGUAUGGUAUUUCCUGCUGAAGAAAACGGUUCUUUGGGAUUUUUCUAUUAAGGUGUUUUUUAUAAUCUUAAAUGAUUAUAUAGAAUAUACUGAGUGGAAUAUUUUCUUGAGUUGACGUAUUUUACACCUUUGUGAUCCCUGUCUUACUUCUUUUUGAGCAACUGGACUCUUGUUGACCAUCUACUUCUUUGAAGAGUGCAAUGAGAGAAAUAAGGAAUGACUCGAAAUGAAGCAGUUACAUCUAUCUUCAUUAUACACUAACCUCAGUGAGGAUCGGGCCAUUGUUAUCAUCAUGCAAGAAUCAACAGUCACACCAACGUCUCAUCUCCUUCCUAGCAAUAGCACCAGUCAGGAUAUUCCAACUACACUUUUCACAGAGAGUGAUGAUUCUGAGUGGAGCUUCCAGUCUUACAUCGCCCUGGGCAUCAUCUUUGUCCUCAUGACCGUAACCUUCAUUGGAAAUAUCCUCAUAAUCGUUUCAGUUGCCAAGUUCAAGAGGCUGCAGAUACCACCCAACUACAUCUUGGUGAACCUUGCAGUGGCUGAUCUAGGCGUGGCUGUCAUGACCCUUCUCCUCUUUGCAUUCAACUUCUUGAGCGAGACAGGAGGGGUACUUUGUUUGUUGCCAUACUGCUUCAUGUCACUCUUCAGUGGUGUCUCUGUGCUCAAUCUCAGCAUCAUCGCCUACGACCGCUACUCUGCUCUGGUUGAGCCUCUGAAGUACUCUGCACGCAUUACAUCGUUCCAUAUUGCAGUAAUCUGCCUUGUGGUAUGGAUCUAUGUUACUAUUAUAUCUGUUAUCCCUAUGAUUGGAUGGUUCAUUCCUCUACCAGGGACCAGUAUGGACAUGCUCUGCUCACUCAACUUCUACCACAACUACACCUCCCUUGCUCAGGUCAUAGCCAUCUUCUUACCUGCUUUGGUGUGUAUGUUUUUUUGCUACUGCCGUGUAAUGCUUGUUGCUAGACACCACACCAGGGCUAUUUCAGCCGUCCAGUUCUCUCUGUUCCCUGGUGCCAUUAAAAACUAUAACACUUUUAAAGGAAGCAAGUACUGGAAGACACUUGCUCUCAUCCUAGGUGUAUUUACUUUAACAUGGGGUACGUUCAUCACUACAGUCAUAGUUGAAGUCUUCUGCAAAGCAUGUGCUCAAUUCCUGACCAUGCACAACUACUCAGGAUUAUUGCUUUUGCUGAAUAGUUGUCUCAAUCCAUGGAUCUAUGCGUUCCGCAAUCAGGACUUCCGAGCAGCAUUCAGGCGAAUUUUAAGGUGCUUUUGGAGGCCAUGCAAAAAGGGAUCAAAGCGGUCCAACUCGAGUUCAGUCAAUGAGCGAAGGAACUCACGCAUGUCUGUUGCCUUGAGCAGGACAAACAGUCUCUGUGGAAAUCUUCAGACACUUCAAAUGCUCUAUGAACAAGAAAUGGCUCUCAAAAACAAUAAUCAGCCAAACUUUAAAGAUGGUGAAGUAGAAACCAGACACACCUCCAUUGGAAAUAGCAAGAGCUCUGUUGAGAAGGAGGAGGUGACUGAACCACAUGUUCCUUCCAGAGAAGACCAAGUUUCAUCCAGAGAACCAAUGCAAAUUGAAGAAGCUUAAACUCUUUAUUCAGUGAUCAAUGGUCUUCAGAUCAUUAGAAAAAUGAAAUAAUGCAAACUGUCCAGAGCAAAGAAAAUUUGUCCAUUAAUUUUUUCAUGUUCAGUACUUGGUUUGUAAUGCCAUUUUUUUUUCUUCAGAGAAAGGUACAUGUUACCAUAAACAAUAUUAAAUUUGUAAUUUACCCAUAGAAUAUUCAUUCACAGGUUUGCAAUUGUGGAUAUUUUAUUAAUUGGAAGACAGAUUCAAUUUAGGAUCUUAUCCUAUCCUGCAAAGAAAUUUGCUGAUAUUCCUGUUCUUAUGGAUUUAAUGAAGCAACCAGAAGGAAUUAAAAGGAACAUAUGUACAUUUUUUGAAAGUACAACUCCGUUCUGAGAAAGCUAAUUACUAGGGCGAAUUUACGGGGUAAAGAACAGAUUGGGUUGAACCAUUGAAAGGGGAUUUGAGAGAUGUUGCGUUCUUGAAAGUAAAUAAUGAAAUAAAACUUUAAAAAAUUGAAUUGAAUAUUUUGCACUAUGGUUUGAAUGGCACCUUGCCUUUGUAUGAAUGCUUUAUUUAAGGUUUGACAGAAGAAAAAAAUGGUCAAAUGUAUAGCUGAUUGAGGUUAAUGGAAGACUUCUGACAUGGUGCUAAUUUGCAUGUAGGAGAUACAUGUACUGUAUUUUCUAGUAAGACUAGAUUUUAGGUGAUUAGAAUGUUCUUAUCACAUGACAUCAUGGAGACUGAUUUAUUUGUAGCAAGAUAUGGAAUAUUUUUGUGCAAUCUUGUUUUUCAUAUGUGUGUACCAAAGAGAUGUCUGAAUUGCUAGGGAAAAUUGAUUUACUUAACAGUCUACCUUUGUUCUAUGAUGUGAUGUCAUGCAUUAUCUUGUCUAUGUAUGUACGUACCUAUACCAAAAAACAUUUUUAAUGUUCCAGAGCAGUCAACACUGGGCAAGAAGCAAUUUCAUUUGUACAUGAGAAUGUAAUUUUAUGAAUGAAAUGUUAAUAACAGUUCUGUUAUUUACGUGAAAGAAAUAUGACAUGUGUGCAAUUUUUUAACAUGGAACUUGAAACAGAACUUUUUCUUUGUCAGUGUUAAACUAAAGCUCUGAUCAGAGAAUUGAAAAAAAGUUUCAGUCAUGGGGAAGAAAAUUAAUUACAAGUUAUACUGAGUGGAAAAAACAAUGUACAGAAAAGUCUUGUCCCUGUAUUUAAUUCAAUAUUUUAAUAUACUUCUUACAUCAUCAUUUGUAAAGAACAAUUAUUUAGGAUAGUGUAAGCUGUUUUAUAUGCUCAAAUUUGUACAUUGAAGUUGUAUUUAUUCUUGCAAUGAUGGUUUUUAUACUUUUUCAAAGCAUGCAAAUGUUACAUUUGCAUUUUUUUGUACUACUUGUUCUAUCUCGUGCAUUUAUAUGAACAUAUAAAGAUUUAAACCACUUGUACUCUUAAGAAUCGUGUGCCAAGAAUCACAUUUAUUUGUUGGUCAAUUACAUUAGAAUCAGGGGUCAACAAAAUCUACUUUAUGAUGUUUGUUUACGAUACUGUGAGUUUUUGAAUGAGAUGCUUUUAUUUGGGGUAAUAGAUAAGUGAGCUUGGUAAAAAAAGAAGCUGUUUAAAAAUAUACCUUUCAAAGAAAAGGCUAUUUUUUAUAGAUUUGUCAAACAUCAAAAAAAAAGUACACACAAAUCACAUUAUGUUCUGCCGAAGUAAUUAUAGAUUUCUUCAGUUACAAGUGGAUUGAAGAGUACAUACACAUUAAAAAAAAAUAUUAAUUAGAGAUUAAUCAAGUAUUUUGGAGAUUUGUGUUUAAAUGAUUCUAUGGAACAAUCCACCGCUAUUUACUUUUUGCUUAGUCGUUAAUCGAGUGUUAUUGGCCUGGGAAGGGGGUUCAAUUCCUUACUGCUUAUGUCAAGCCAUCACACACUUCAAACAGUCUGUCACAGCACUUGUUUUACAGACAAGGCAGAGGUUAGAUUAAACUUUCAGCCAAUAAGA